AUGGGGCUCUGUUUUUCAAUUGUGCCUCUGUUUCUUGUACUAAUUGGGAUGCUUCCUUCGGCAUUGGGCGGCCAUGACUAUGGCCAAGCUCUUACUAAGAGCAUUCUCUUCUUUGAAGCUCAGAGAUCUGGUUACUUGCCCAGUAAGCAAAGAAUCCAAUGGCGGGGUAAUUCUGGACUCAGUGAUGGAAAAAUCAACGGGGUGGAUCUCGUUGGGGGGUACUAUGAUGCAGGGGACAAUGUGAAAUUCGGGCUUCCAAUGGCAUUCACAAUUACAAUGAUGUCUUGGAGCAUAAUCGAGUAUGGAAAACAAAUGGGUGCUAGUGGAGAACUUAGCAAUGCAUUGGAUGCUAUAAAAUGGGGCACUGAUUAUCUAAUCAAAGCCCAUCCGGAGCCUAAUGUUCUUUAUGGAGAGGUUGGAGAUGGAAACACAGACCAUUACUGUUGGCAAAGGCCAGAGGACAUGACCACCUCACGGGCCGCGUAUAAAAUUGACCCGACCAAUCCGGGAUCCGAUCUCGCCGGUGAAACUGCUGCUGCCAUGGCGGCUGCAUCCAUAGUGUUUCGCCACUACAACCCGUCCUAUGCUAAUGAACUACUCGAACAUGCCUACCAGCUAUUUGAUUUUGCGGACAAAUACAGGGGCAAAUAUGACAGUAGCAUUACCUUGGCACAAAAGUACUACCGAUCUGUUAGUGGAUAUGCUGAUGAAUUGCUGUGGGCAGCAGCAUGGUUGUACAAGGCAUCAAACAAUGAGUACUACUUGACAUACCUAGGGAACAAUGGUGAUUCACUAGGUGGAACUGGUUGGGCCAUGACUGAGUUUGGAUGGGAUGUGAAGUAUGCUGGUGUUCAGACAUUAGUUGCCAAGUUCCUAAUGCAAGGAAAAGGUGGACACUACACACCAGCGUUCGAGGAGUACCAGCAAAAAGCCGAGUAUUUUAUGUGUUCAUGCCUUGGAAAGGGCUCCGCCAAUGUUCAAAAGACUCCGGGAGGACUCAUUUUUCGGCAGAGGUGGAACAAUAUGCAGUUUGUAACAAGUGCUUCAUUCCUCCUCGCUGUCUACUCUGAUUAUCUAUCCUCUGCCGGAAAGUCCCUCAAGUGUGCUUCUGGCUAUGUUCCACCAUCUGAACUUUUCUCUUUUGCUAAAUCUCAGGUUGAUUACAUUCUUGGAGACAACCCAAGAGCCACAAGUUACAUGGUGGGAUAUGGAAACAACUACCCACAACAAGUUCACCAUAGAGGUUCUUCAAUUGUCUCCUUUAAGGUAGACCCUUCAUUUGUUAGUUGCCGAGGAGGGUAUGCCACAUGGUUCAGUAGGAAGGGAAAGGACCCAAAUCUCCUUACCGGUGCACUUGUUGGAGGACCUGAUGCUUAUGACAACUUUGCUGAUCAAAGAGACAACUAUGAACAAACUGAACCAGCUACCUACAACAAUGCCCCCCUUUUGGGCUUAUUGGCAAGGCUACAAGGUGGUCACGACGGGUACAAUCAGCUCCUUCCAGUGGAACUUCCUGCACUUAAACCGGUUAAUACUAAGCCAAAAGCAGCUCCAAAACCUGAAAUAACACCAGCUACAGCUUCAUCUGCCAGCCCUAUUGACAUUGCACAAAAGGAGACAACUUCAUGGGUUGCGAAAGGAAAAACUUACUACAGAUACUCCACAAUAGUAACCAAUAAGUCUCCCAAGACCUUGAAAAAUUUGAAGCUUUCGAUUUCCAAGCUCUACGGUCCUAUAUGGGGUCUCAUGAAGUCCAGUGAUUCUUAUUCAUUCCCAGCAUGGAUUGACUCAUUGCCUGCAGGAAAAAGCAUUGAGUUUGUUUAUAUUCACUCUGCUUCUCCAGCAGAGGUCUCAGUCUCAAGUUACACUCUCGUCUAA